GAACUGUUUUGGUGGGAAAGAAUUCUAAACCAUAGCCACGUCUAAAAGUCUCAGUCAGACUUUUCCAGUAAGGACAUCAAGAUUAUCUUGUCUUCUGUACGGUGAACUCUCCUGAAGAAGUUACCCAGAAUGGGCGAGCAACGACCAUGAAUGAAAGCCAUGAGGACCUUUUUUCCCCCUUAACCUGUUAGGAGCUAUGGACCGCAGAAAAAUGGAGCGCUUCUCUUGCAGUGUGAUUCUGAUCAUGGCCAUUUCCAAAGCGUUUGAACUGGAAUUGGUUGCUGGGUUGGGUCACCGUGAACUUGCCAGGAGAGAGCCUCCCUUAAGAGAUGACAGCGUUCGGUCCCGGGAGGAGCCUGCAGUCCGUCACCGGUCUUCCCAGUUUGUGCCGUCGUUAGGAAUCCAGGAUAGUAAGGAGUUAAACAGAACUUGCUGCCUGAAUGGGGGAACCUGCAUGCUGGGGUCCUUCUGUGCCUGCCCCCCCUCGUUCUAUGGCCGCAACUGUGAGCAUGAUUCCCGCAAAGAGAACUGUGAGUCCGUGCCCCAUGACACCUGGCUGCCCAAGGGAUGUUCCAUUUGUAAAUGCUGGCGCGGCCAGCUUCACUGCUUUCGGCAGACGUUCCUACCGGGCUGUGAUGGCCACGUGAUGGAUGAGCACUUCCUGGUCUCCAGGACUCCAGAAUUAACACUGUCUUCGGGCACCAUUUUUUCGCUAGCUGGCGUCUGCCUUGCUCUACAAAGUUACUGUUAAUGGACAUUUGCAUAUGCAAUAUUUGUCAUGUGAGUUUCAUAACCUGUAAAGGCUGUCCUUCCAGUGUUCUAACUGAGAGAUGAUCAUUUGUUAGUUGCCUUGAAACAGCGAAUGGAUUUUUAUCAUGGUCCCUAACAUUUUCUUCAAGUACCAACUACUUUCCUCUGCCCUGCCCUCUCCCAAAAACUUCUUUAAAAAGUCAGCUAGGGUGCCUGGGUGGCCCAGUUGGUUGGGAAACUGCCUUCAGCUCAGGUUAUGAUCCUGGA